AUGGGAGACUUACCGACGCAGAGAGUAAAUAGUUUUACCAGACUGUUCGUUGUAACAGGAGUUGAUUAUGCUGGACCCUUGCAAAUCCGAGAAAGUCGUCGGCGAGGGAAAAUCCAUGUGUCCAAAGGUUAUAUAGCAGUUUUUACCUGUUUCAACACUAAAGCUGUACAUCUGGAAUUGGUAACCGAACUUACUACCGAAGCAUUCCUUGCAGCAUUAAGCCGAUUUACAGCAAGACGAGGAUUGUGUUCACAGAUAUUUUCAGACAAUGCAACAAAUUUUAUAGGAGCAGCUAGAGAAUUGCAAGAGAUAUACGAGUUUCUGAAGAAAAAUCAUAACGAAAUAACGACUCAGCUUGCUAAUCAGCACAUUCAGUGGAACUUUAUACCACCUCGCGCGCCGAAUUUUGGUGGAUUAUGGGAGGCUGCUGUAAAAGUAGCUAAGCGACAUUUAUAUAUCAUGACGCGAGAUUUAACACUCACAUUCGAAGAAUGUUACACUCUUUUAACAGAAAUCGAAGCCAUCAUGAACUCUAGGCCUUUAACUGCGUUGUCCUCGGACCCUAAUGAUUUGUCUGUCCUCACCCCAUCCCAUUUCCUAAUUGGCGACUCACUUGUUCAACCCGUUCAGCAUAACCUUACAGAAACGCCAGACAACCGUCUGACGCGAUGGCAACAUUUUAAGAAAAUUUGUCAGAAUUUCUGGCGACGUUGGCACUCAGAAUAUCUGCAUGAGCUGCAAGAGAAGAAAAAAUGGACUGUCUCUGGAAAAAAUAUCGCUCUUGGUACGAUAGUAAUGCUGAAGGAAGACAAUCUGCCACCGCUACAAUGGGCUAUUGGCAGAGUGAUAGAGUUGCAUCCUGGACCUGAUGGAAUCACACGGGUUGUCUCUGUAAGGACACAAGGAGGAGUCUUCAAAAGAGCAGUGCGAAACCUGUGUCCGAUUCCAAUGGACGACUGCGAAGAAGACUGA